CGUGCCUUUUCAACCAUGGCCGAUCAUUCUGCCUUAGCGAACGAUGCUACGCUAUCUCCUAGGGCGUAUACCGACCCAAGUGUACUCAAUGACAUGACCACUAUGCAAUUCAACGAAUGGGCUUUCAGCCUCGGAGACACCCAGACGGGCUGCUACAACAAAGGCUCGCUACCAUUGGCACUCGCCACCAAUGAUACUUGUUUGCUAGGCUUCUGGUGUCCGAACUCUGACGAUGAACACCCACCGCAAAUGUGCCCUCCAACCUGGCAAUGUGCUGUCCUUCGGGCUAAUCAAGCCACAUGCCCCUUUGCUCAAGGAGAUCUGGAACCUUUGAUCUGCCCUGGAGGAUCCUAUUGUCCACCGGGCGGUAAAACCCGCAUUCCAUGCGAUGCAGGCACAUUCUGCCCCCAAGGUAGCUAUAAACCGAUCAAAUGCGACAAAGGCGCGUACUGCCCUUGGGCAAGCGCACACCAAAUACCUCUUCUACCGCUAUAUGUGGUCAUCUCCAUCGACUCUUUACUGCUAUGCCUACUGGUAGCAGGGCUGGCCUACUCCAAAUGGCGAAAGCGUAAUAAGCCGCGAUAUUCGAGCAUCAAUAUUAAAGUCACGGAAGAUGAUACCGAGGCAUUGCGAGCCCUCAACAUGUCACCCCGUUGUUCCGUGUCGAUAGCCGAAGUAUCAACCGGAGCACCGUCGCCCAACUCAUCGAUCACACUGAUCUCCACUACCCCCACUAUAUCUGCUCCCACAACUCGUGACAGACAUAGAUCGACGGCUUCAGAUAUCUCGCAUCUUUCCCCAGAUUCUCAGGAUUCUGCGAUGAACAAGUUUUUGAUCUAUCUUUCUCGAGCCACGCACACCAAAGAACUGGGCUUGUCUUUCGACUUUGAAGGGUUGUCUUUCGAGACUUCCAAGAAAUUGGAGAUUCUACACAACAUAACGGGCAGCAUUCCCCGAGGAACCAUGACCGGCAUCAUGGGUGGCUCGGGUGCGGGAAAGUCGACCCUGGUAAAUGCUCUAAUGCGAGGCAAGUCAAGCUCAGGCACUAUCAAAAUCAAUGGAGUGAUCAAGGAUAUGAAAAGGUACAAAAAGCUUGUUGGACGCGUCCCACAGGACGACAUUGUCCUAGGCGAACUUACUGUUCGAGAAAACAUCUUGCACUCUGCACGGAUGAGACUGCCUUCAUCGUGGAACGACAGGGCCAUUCAGGAUUAUGUGGAUUCGCUAAUUGCAUGUCUGUCUCUUACUCAUGUUCGAAACUCCUUGGUUGGCGAUGCAAGAAAGCCAGUCAUUUCUGGAGGUCAGCGCAAGCGUGUCAGUGUAGGUAUAGAGCUUGCAGCCGCUCCGAUGGCCAUUUUUCUCGACGAGCCCACUAGUGGAUUAGAUGCUACCUCAGCAGCUUCUAUCAUGCGUCUUCUCAAGGCCAUCUCCCGACUUGGGGUUACAGUGAUCGCGAUUAUCCAUCAACCUCGCGAGGACAUCUUUGUGGACUUCGAUCAACUUCUGCUGCUGGCAGACGGCAGCCAAGUAUACGCUGGUGCAACGGAGGAAGCAGCGCCCUACUUCGAAGAUCUGGGAUAUCAAUUUCCCACGCAAAGCAACCCUGCCGACAUAAUUGUGGACAUCAUCACUGGAAAUGGAAAACAAUACUCUUCUGAUGCAGAAAAGUUCGGUGGUGACACUGACUCUCUCAUUCAAUUCUGGUAUGAAAACGGUCAAUACGGGAAAACGAACAAGCGUCUGUCAGUUGCCGUAAACGCUGCAAGAUCUCACAGGUUGUCGGUAAACUCUAUGCAGUCUACGGCAGAACACGAACAGUCUCUACAUGAAACGAUGAAAACCAGAGGGGCUUCGUGGUAUGCUCAAGUAUACUACUGCUGCAAGCGUGCCCUACUACAACAAGUCCGCAACCGUACAAGCUUCUUUUUUGAAAUAUUUGUCGCUGCACUAGCCGGACUGGUCAUUGGCCUCUCAGCAUAUUCCUCGGACGGCCAUCUCUUCAGCGGAAUCUAUCAUCCUCCCUUUACCAUGAUGUCUAGUGCUGUAGACUAUAAGUCAGCACCGCAACUUGGCCUGCUAUCUGCCAUGGCAAUCGGGUUAGCUUCAUCUGCGCCUGGCGUCUGGGUAUUCGGCGAGGAAGCACCCAUCUUCCACCGUGAAUCAUCUUCCGGGCACAGCAAGAGUGCAUACUAUCUCGGCAAAGUUAUGAGCACUUUUCCUCGCAUCACGAUCGCCGCACUGCACUAUACAGUCAUGAUUGGCGUUCUGGCAACCCCACUGAUGAGUUUCCAAGACAUGUACGCUGCAAAUCUGGUUUACUUCUACGCCAUCUAUGGUUUGGCCAGUAUAGUGUCCAUGCUGGUUAAGCGUGAAGAUGGGCCUUUGUUGGCCGUGUUGCUUAGCUUGAUCCUCGGUGUGCUCGGCGGUGUUGCGCCUCCGCUGUCACAGGUGAAAAAAUGGCACAUGGAAUGGUUCUGGCGAUUGAGCCCAGGGGUCUGGUUCACUGAAGGCUAUUGGACCAAGAUGGUAAGUCCUAGAGCCUAUCUGUGGGACGUUGAUGUCGCGAGUCAGAGCAUUGGGCUUACUCUGGGAGAAUUCGGGAAGGAUCUGGCUCUGAUUCUUCUCAUCGGCACGGUGUAUCGUCUGUUGGCAUAUGUGCUUAUGAUUCUGUUCAAGAAGAGGCAGAGAUGAUGUGUUGAUAUAUGAGACUCAGAAGCUAUAUUUACUUCCUGUAUAUACAUGCAUG